UGCCUGUUGCCUAAUUACUAAUUGAAGAUUGUAUUUUGUUUCUGAGUACCUUUUGUGAUUCCUACUAUUCAAACUGUUUGAUUCAUUUUUUCAUCAUCGGAAAAUGGAAGGUUUGUUGAACACAUUCUCAACUCAAAGGUGCUUACCAACUCCCAAUUUUACUAAAACAGUUCACAACCAUCCAACGACAAAUUUACGAUCUGGGUUUUGUAAUUGGAAGCUCGACCAGGGCUUUCUUCGUAGGAGUUGCAGAAAUGUAGGCCGAAUUGUCUCUUUAGCUGUUAAGAGCGUUGAAGAGGAUGAACAAGAGGUUAAUGCGAAUUGGGAACUUGAGUUUCUUGGGGAGCUUGACCCAUUGGGUUUCCAGCCUCCUAAGAAGAGAAACCGUCAGAAGUCGAAAUUUCUGGAAGACACUGAAGGGAUGGACUGGUGUGUGAGGGCGAGGAAGAUUGCUUUGAGAACGAUUGAGGCACGGGGAUUGUCUCGUUCCAUGGAAGACUUGGUUACUGUAAAGAAGAAGAAAAGGAGGAACAAGAAGUUUAGUAAGAACAAGAUACCGGAAGAAGAAGAUUCCGAAUUUGAUGAUAGAGGGGAUGGAAGUGAAACGGAGGAGAUCGAUCCUUCUGAUGGAAAGAGUGGCCUUAGAAGAACAGUAAGCAUUCUUGCAGAUGGUAUGUUUGAAGAAAGGAAAGAGAGAACAAAGGAAGCUUUAGUGCAAAGACUCUCCCAGUUCUCUGGACCUUCUGAUAGGAAGAAAGAAAUCAACUUGAACAAAGCCAUUGUAGAUGCUCAGACUGCAGAAGAAGUACUAGAAGUAACCUCUGAGGUAAUCACAGCUGUUGGGAAAGGUUUGAACCCUUCGCCUCUCACCCCUCUAAACAUUGCAACUGCCCUCCACCGAAUUGCCAAAAACAUGGAAAAAAUCUCUCUUAUGAGAACUCGUAGGCUGGCCUUUGCCCGUCAAAGAGAGAUGUCUAUGCUUGUGGGUAUUGCAAUGGCAGCCCUACCGGAAUGCUCUGCUCAGGGUAUUUCGAACAUUGCGUGGGCGAUGUCCAAGAUAGGAGGUGAGCUGCUUUUUUUGACGGAAAUGGAUAGAGUUGCUGAAGUAGCUGUUACAAAGGUUGGGGAGUUCAAUUCACAGAAUGUUGCAAAUGUUGCUGGUGCUUUUGCUUCAAUGCAGCAUUCUGCACCAGAACUAUUCUCGGAAUUAUCAAGAAAGGCAUCUGAUAUAAUACAUACUUUCCGGGGGCAAGAACUUGCUCAGGUCUUGUGGGCCUUUGCUUCUCUCUAUGAGCCAGCCGAUCUUUUGCUUGAUUCCCUUGAUAAUACUUUCAAGGAUGCAGAAGAUCUCCAAUGUUGUUUUGAAGAAAAAUCAAUCUCCAAAGAAUAUUGGAAUAUGGAAAACAUAGGAGAUUUGACUUUGGAAGAGUCUUCUGACUCCCCUGUACUCAAAUUCAACAGGGAUCAGCUUGGGAAUGUAGCGUGGUCUUAUGCUGUUCUUGAUCAAAUGGAUCGGGUUUUCUUCUCCAACAUAUGGCACACACUGAACCAUUUUGAGGUGCAAAGGAUCUCAGAGCAGUAUAAGGAGGACAUCAUGUUCGCUUCUCAGGUCCAUCUUGUGAAUCAGUGCUUGAAGCUAGAAAAUCCACACCUUCAGUUAUCGUUGAAGAAUGAUCUGGAGGAGAAAAUUGCGCUUGCAGGAAGGACUAAGAGGUUUAAUCAGAAAACGAUUUCAUCAUUCCAAAAGGAGGUGGCCCGCCUUCUUGUAAGCACAGGCCUUGAUUGGGUUAGAGAAUUUUCUGUUGACGGAUACACCUUGGAUGCAGUCUUGGUUGACCAGAAAAUUGCUUUGGAGAUUGAUGGACCAACUCAUUUCUCAAGGAAUUCUGGUACUCCAUUAGGUCAUACAAUGCUCAAACGUCGCUACAUUGCUUCUGCUGGUUGGAAGCUAGUAUCGUUAUCUUAUCAAGAGUGGGAGGAACUUCAAGGUGGUUUUCAGCAGCUAGAUUAUCUAAGAAAAAUUCUUGAAGAUGCAAUCAGCAAUUGCAACACCAAAAGCCUAUAAGGCAGUAGAAAAUUGAGGUGGUUAUAGAGUCUUGGUUGGAGUCGGUGAAAUCAAGA